CUACAAGCCGAUUCCUCGCGGCUUCCAACCAAACCCCAGAACCUAAAACCCUAACGCCCUUAUACGACCUUCGCUCUCUGUACUCCGCGCGAAAAUGGCUGACGCUUCGAGUUCGGUGAACAAGGUGAAGAAUUUUCUCUUUUCCGGAACGGCAAAUUCCGUGGAGACUGUGAAAUCCUUUUUCAAUUCUCAGGUUUAUGACGAAGAAAAAUGGGCCUUGAACAUGAAAUUGCUUCGUGCUGCUGGGAUGUUUGCAGGUUCCAUCCUUCUGAUGCGGAAUUAUGGUGAUCUGAUGACAAUAUGAGAGUUCGCGAGAGGGCAGCAAUUUAUAGUGCACAACUUUUCUCUACUUCUGAGUUUGUUACAACUCUAUUCAAUUUCUGAGAGCAAUUUCUUUUUUUUUUCUUGUCCUCUUGAUAAUGUUCGAACUGAUGAGAAUGUGAUCUUUUUCCCCUUUGUAGUUGACCGAUCUUUUUAGCGCACUCGUUUUUCACCUUAAACAGAUGGAAAUAUGAAAAACUGAAAUCCAAACCCACUUUGAUCAGA